GAAAUUACCAAACAAAGCCGUCCCCGCAUCCGCCUUCGCCGCCUUCCGUGAGCAACCUCCCUUCCCUUCCCUGCCCUGACCUGCCCUCUUCCCCAAAUCAACCGCGGCCUUACAGAACCUUCCACACCAAUCAGCCGCCGCCGGCGAAUGCUCCGCCACCGACGGGGAUGCCGUCGGCGGUAGCACCCUCCACCCCGCGCUUAAACCCUAGCUGGCCCCAUCCACCCCCCGCCGCUCCCAUGACCAGCCCCCAUCCACCCUUCGCCGCUCCCAUGGCCAGCCCCCACCUAGGUCUCGGCCUCGCGCCCCCGCCGUUGCCCACCGACCCCUCCGUUGCGCCUCCGCCUCGUCGUGCACCUCGGCUGGCCAAGCGCCGACACGCGGCCACCACCUCCCGCUCUCGCGCGCAACCGUCGCCAUCCGCGCCGUGGAAUCCAUUCGGCGGCGGCGGUGAUACGGAUGGAUCGGGGCAGAAUGUAAAUGGAGGGCUAGGGAGUGUGAACGGUGGCGGUGGUUCUGGGUUUGGGAAAGGUCAGACCGGGGGUGUUGUCUUCGGUUCUGCCCCAGCGGGUAAACAGCAGUCUUCGCAGCCACCGCCGGCGUCAUCCAGUGAUGCUCCCUUCGUGUUUGGGAGCGUGAGGGACAGCCUGCCUCGGUUUGUUGAAGGCUCGUCGGCUACUUCAAAGCUGCGCGAUAGGAUGGGGAAGCUGAACCUGCGGAGUCCAGAUGGAUACACUUCCAGUUCAGUUCAUGUUACUGAGGCAAAUGCCAUGCAGGAGAAGCUUGCACAGGUCAGUAUAGGCAAUGAAGCACCUGUUAGGAUCCACAGUGAAGCUACUACUGUUACACCAACGGUUUUCAUGUCUGGAAGUGGCCAUGCAGAUAGCACUGAUGAUGUUGCAUCUAGUUCUAGUAAGAAUGCAUCUAGUGCAGUUAAUGGUACUGAUGACACUAAUGCGCUUCCGGAGAAGAUAACACCGUUGAAUAUAGGAAGUGGCACGCCCUUUCAGAACAUGAAAUAUGGAGGUGGUGAUAGCCAUCAAACUGAAGUGUUUGGCUUUGGGGGUGGCAGACCUGCAGCUGCCGGUACUGUUUAUGGAAACAAUUCAGGCAAUACUUCAGAUAAGGGCAAAGAUUUUUUCUCUCCUGCAAAUAACAAUGCUUCUACUUCUGCUAAUGUUGCUACCAGUUUGCCUCCAGAGAGCACAUAUAAUUUGAAUGUACGAGGUGGAGUGAGGCACAAAAUGAAAACUGAUAAUGCGAAUUGUCUACCAGAGACAUUUGUGUUUGGAAGGAAUGGAAGCACAAGCUCUGCUUCAGAGCAGUCGGCAAGGGUAGUUGUGGAUGAUGGUGGUAAUUUUGUCAGUGGUCCAAGUACAGAUACUCGUACUUCAGAUCAAGGUAGCAUGGAGAGCUCACUUCAGGAGGAGAUGACAAAGUUAAAUAUACAAUACAGAAUCCCAUCUAAGAGCAUGAAAGAUGAAGCAGCAAGUCUACAACCAGAAACAUUUGUUUUCAGAAGUGAUGCAAGUUCAAGCUUUUUUUCUGCGCAGGUCCCAUCAUUCACAAAUUUUCAAACCAAUGCAUCAUCUGAGACAAAGGACAGUGGCAAAAACCUGGCCGAUGAUAUUAUUAGAAAGUCAACAUAUGCCAAAUCUAAUAACAGUAAUGGUUAUCGGACAAGUAACUUUGUUUUCGGUAGUGGUAGUAGUGCAACUGCUGCAUCUGAAGGGGCUGAAGAACAUACACCACACGAUAUCAAUAAAUUGAACAUCAACAUGGAGGGGCCUUCUGUAUGUAUUCAAGUGAACGAUGCUUCUAUUCCUGAUUUUUCAUUUCAGGGCAAAGCAGAAGCUAUGCCAGGAUAUGGUACUGUUCCGCGUCCCAAAGUCCAGGAGUCAUGCCCAUUUACUCGUUUGAAUCAUUCAUCUAUUUUCUCUACAUUUGAAAAUGUGAUGCCCUCCUUCAGUUUGAAUCCUAUGGAUGCAGGAAAAGAAACUGCCCCUGGUGAAUCUGGUGCGAUCAAACAGGAUCUGCCUAGGUGCUCCAGAGAGAGCUUGUUUGGUAUAGACUAUAUAAAGUCAGCAUAUCGAGAUAAAAAGGAAGCACAUAAAAGCACAAGGAAAAAGAAAAGGCCAACUAGGCUAAAGCAACAUGCUCAAUUCAACCAAGUUUCUCAAGAAACAUGCAUCAAUGGAGUAAGCUCAGAUUUAGCAGGUGAUUAUUCACCAAUGGAUUGUUCUCCUUAUCAGGUAGCAGUUGAAGAAGUGUCAAGAGAGGCAUCUGUGAGUUCUGACCAGUCCAUCCACAUUCCUGAUGGUGGUGUCCCAAAUCAGAACACCAGUUGUGCUGAAGAUGAUCUAGUUUCUGCAACUGAGCACUUGGUUAUUGAUGCAGACCUUCCAACGUACGAAGACGAAGGGAGAGCUGCCAAUGUGGAUGCAUCUGAGAGUAACUGUGGUAGCAACUUUUCUAGUUUCGAUGAAGAAGUAAAUUUCUGUAAUGCAUCAGAGCCCUCUUUCAAUAAUAUAAAUGUUGGUGCUAAUGAUGAACCUAAAAUGUGCACAACAGAAGCUUGGUUUGAUGGCUAUGAAUGCAAUGUUAAAGGGAAAACUUGUGAAGAUGACACCUCCAGAAAGCUGCAUGAGUCUGGUGAACCUGUUAAUUUUCAGUCAAGCUCAGAAAAUUUUAGUGGGCUGAGCUUCACCUUUGGUGCAUCACUGUAUCCCGAUAGUACCUUAUCGACUGAAAAACGUAAUACCAAAAGGAAGUCAAGGACUAAAGGUGGGCAGACACCUAAGCCUUCAGCUGUGCAGGCUUCUGUAAAAACAAAAGCCUCACGGGACACAAAAGGCGUGCAGUUUACCCCGGAAACAAGUAAGACAGAACAUUCAUCAAAAGAAAUUUCGGCAGCCUUGGAGACUUGUGACACUUGGCGUACAAGUGGGAAUCAAGCCUAUGAAAAUGGCCACUUUGCUACCGCAGAGGGGUGUUAUACCCGUGGUAUAAAUUCUAUUUCUCAUCAUGGAACUUCUGGACGUUGUUCCCGUGCGUUGACACUGUGCUAUAGCAACCGUGCGGCUACUAGAAUGUCUCUUGGCAGAAUGAGAGAAGCUCUUGAAGACUGCUCAAUUGCAACAUCGAUUGACCCCACCUUUCUUAAGGCUAAAGUCCGUGCUGCAAAUUGUCAACUAGCACUUGGAGAUCUUGAUGGCGCAUCAAGAAAUUACACAGCCUGUUUGAAGUCUGACAAUGCUGCUGGUUCUGACUUUAAAAUGUUUGCUGAGGCUUCUGAUGGUCUGGAAAAAGCCAAGAGAGUGGCAGAUAUGAUAUCCCAGUCCAGGGAACUUCUUAAGAAAAGAACAUUGCCUGAAGCAACAACAGCUUUGGAAUUGAUCUGCAACGCACUGCACAUAAGUUCACACUCAGAUAACCUAAUGGAGAUGAAAGCAGAUGCUCUACUGACGCUAAGAAGAUAUGAAGAAGUAAUUGAAUUAUGCCAGGAAACAGUACAUUUGGCUGAAAGAAAUUCUGUUUUAGUUAAUGGCAAUGGGGAGUCAAAUAAUUCCAGUGUAUCUGAAAAGGCAGAAUGCUCUGGAAGCCUUUGGCGGCCAUACCUCAUUUGCAAGUCUUACUUCCUUCUAGGCAAGCUUGAAGAGGCUCUUGACUUGCUAAUGAGGCAUGAGCUAGUGACACCUGUCAAAGAUAGUGAUGGCAGCACAUCUCAAAAAUGUUUGUCGUCACUUUCUACAAGCAUAAGACAACUUCUUUCUUUUAAGGAUGCGGGGAAUGAAUCAUUUAAAGCUCGUCGAUAUUCAGAAGCUGUGGAACAGUAUUCAGCUGCUUUGGCAUGCAAUAGUGAUUCACGUCCCUUUUCGGCUGUCUGUUUUUGCAACCGUGCAGCUGCAUAUCAAGCACUCGGUCAACUUACUGAUGCAAUAGCAGAUUGCUCGUUAGCCAUGGUUCUUGAUGCAAAUUAUCCGAAGGCAAUUUCUAGGCGAGCCACCUUAUAUGAGAUGAUAAGGGAUUAUGGACAAUCUGCUAAUGAUUUAAGGAAGCUAAUCUCACUUCUUCAAAAGCAAGCCAAUAAGCCUGGAGUAUCACCAAAAGUUUUGAACACGUAUAGUGACCUGAAGCAGGCACGUGCACGACUUCUUUCUGUAGAAGAUGAAGCCAAAAAAGAUGCCCCGUUGAAUUUGUAUUUAAUCCUGGGAGUCGAACCAUCCUGCUCUCCACUAGAUAUUAAGAAGGCAUACCGGAAAGCUGCAUUAAAACAUCACCCGGACAAGGCCUCUCAACUGCUAGUAAGAAAUGAGAAUGCUGAUGAUGGAUUUUGGAGGGAUGUUGUCAAGGAGGUUCAUGCAGAUGCUGAUCAUCUGUUCAAAAUGAUUGGGGAGGCAUAUAAUAUUCUUUCAGAUCCUCAAAAGCGUGAAGAAUAUGAUAUGGAAGAGGAACUAAGAAAUGCUGCUCGGAGAACUUUUAAGGGGAGGAGCACACAGUCACCUGAACAGCAUUUCAGGAGACAAUAUGACAGAGGUUUUAGUCCUCGUCAGUGGCAAUCUGCAGGGAAAUCUGGUGCAUCCCGUUCACGCUGGUCGGGACACGGAUAUUCUGAUGACUACUGGUAAUUCUAUUGGUAGAUGUUUGAGGCUUGAUUGUGAUGUGGAAAACAUCUUUUGCAUUGGUUGCAUAUGAGCAUGGCCUCCUUGCACCAAGCUGGGUCUGGGCGGCGUGUGUCGUCGUGGGGCUGUUAGGUUCUACCACUACUUGCCAUCCUCCUUCCUUCGCGCAUGGAGAUUCCUCGCAGUUUAGCUGUCUGCUCGAUGCAAUUCUUUUGGAGGAUGAAAAUUGAAGGUUUGGAAGUUGACCGUCAGGUUACCUUGGCUGACGUGAUCUCAAGUGAGUCCUAACAGCAAUAUCAAAUGUGCACAGGGAUAGAUUGAGUUAUUGCUUUCCCGGUAGGCAAAAUCAUUCUUUGUUCAUGUGCACAGGGGUGCAUAAAUUAUUUUCCGUGGGCUGUGGUUUCACGGUUUUGUGUAUUCACGGGUGCUUCAUAUAGUGUGCCCUACUCUGAGAAUGUGAAACAAACAAUGGUGUAUAUUGUGUAGACUGCAUAUUGUGGAAUAUGAACUCUCAGAUCACAUCUUUUCCUUUUUCGGUAGAAAUACUAAUGUUCUCGUGUUUACUCCUA